UGUUUGGAGUUUUCCUGAGUUUGGUGUCCCACUUGCUUUAUUCAUUGGUUCUUGCUCUUUGUUAUGUCUUGCCUCCAAUCUCUUGGUACUGUCUACCGACUCCCUUGGAUUUCUAAAUGGUACUUGCUUCAUGAAGAAUGAAUCUUUUUUAGAUUUUGUACGGACUUCAUUACGGAAAUGCCACGCGGAGAAUGUCAAUCAGUUGGUUGUGGCCGGCAGACGUGCUUGCCGCCUUCUUCUCGGACAACUCUCAUUAAAGCUGAUUGAGGAUAUCUUUCUUCGUUAUAUUGACCAACCUGAUGAUUUCAAGGGACCUGUUGACAAUGAAGAGUUCUUGUACCAAAGCCUGAAGCAUUUGAAAAAUGAAGGAGAAAUGGUGGAUAAAAUAGGAAGCAUGGAGGUUCUUGAGAGAAAACUUCGUGAUCUCAAUCGGCAAAAAUAUGAAGCGCAGGACAAGCUGAGAUCUUAUAAUCCAGAUAUGACAAAGAUCCUCUCGAUUCCUGAAGCUCAUCUCCACCAGCAAUUUGUUAUGGAUGCAAUUCGACGAAUAGAAAAGUUGAAAAAGGCAAAGCUGCUUGAAAAAGAGAUUUCACCUUCAAAGCCCCACAAUGUUGAGAUACCUAUCAUUGAGGUGAAGGACUCAGACUUGACAACUGAAGAAUCCGUAAAUUCUAAAAGAAAUAGGAAUCAAUCAGCUGAUGAUCAGAAAGAGGAAACUCGGCUACCCACCGGACCGCAUCUAAGCAUUAGCUACCUCAAAACCCAGAAGAAUUGGAACCUUCAAAAUGCGGAGGACAUUACAUCAAGGCCACAUGUGUUAGAGGUGUAAGUUGUCAAUGAAAAGCACAGAAGUGUUGCGGACUGGAUACAGACUUCAAUAGAUAUAGCAGCUUAUAUGGUAUUCAUAAAAGCAAUUCAUGCUGUCAGCAUCUUGGGCUUCGCCAAGCAGUUGUUACCAUCCUCUGAUGUGGUGAGGUCUAAGGUUUAAAAUUCUCUUUCUCCUUCCUUAAGACUUGUUGAAAUGUACAAAAAAUAAACAGGAUGUUGGUUCUAGGGUUUGCCAGUAGCUCUAGCAAUCGUGUGAUGUAAUACUCGUCUGAAGUCUGAAAAUGCCUAGUUUUGUGGUUACUAUGAAUAUGGUUUGCUAUACACAUUCUGUUACAAUAGCAAGCAAUUGCCAGUCUGUCGAAAGAUAACAUUAAUUAUUCUAUUAGGCCGUUGUCCAAAGAUGGCUUUGGUCCAGUCCCACGCAAAUGUUGGUAGUGCUGGCUCGCCUCAGUUAACAUUAAUUUCAUUUUUGUUAUCAUUAAUUGAAA